UUCAUUUACUAAUCUCUCGCAGCCCUGAUCCUCUUCCCCUCCCUCCCACCUUCCCUCCCUCUCUCAUCUCGACGAUCACGAUCACGACCUGCUCUGCUUUGCUCUGCUCCUGAUUCUUGGUUUUUUGUUUAAUGUUUUUCCCUCCUCUCCUCACUUAUUUCAUUUCCUUGUUUUUAAAUUCUCUUGCUCUUUCCAAUAUUGGUGAUUGCUUCCAGUCGUUGCUUGCUUCUGGCACGGUAAUCGGGACCUAUUUGGUUUGUGUUGAGUUCAUCGUCGUUCUAUUGCCUCGGAAGAGUCGAGCUUUGGCGCGGAUUGCUGGAUUUCGGAUUUGAUGUUUUGUGUGCGAGUUAGGGUGUUUGGAUGUUCAUAUUCAUAAGUGGAACUGAAGAGCCAUUGGAAUCGGGAGUUAGAAUUUCACUUGCGCAUUGAUAAUCACCCUGUCUUCCUCUAUUUGAGGGAGGGCAGAAACUUCGACAAUAUGACUAUCCUUUAUGCCUUAGUCGCGAGAGGGACGGUUGUUCUUGCGGAAUUCAGUGCCGCUUCAGGAAAUUCGAGUACAAUAGCCCGCCGCAUCUUGGAGAAGAUUCCUCCAGGCGGGGACAGUCGGGUUUCCUAUUCUCAAGAUCGGCACAUCUUCCACAUUAUGAAAGCUGAUGGCUUGACUUUUCUUUGUAUGGCUAGUGAUACAUUUGGAAGAAGAAUUCCUUUUUCAUAUCUGGAGGAUAUCCACAUGAGGUUCAUGAAAAGCUAUGGAAAGGUGGCAAGCACCGCCUUGGCAUAUGCAAUGAAUGACGAAUUCUCCAGAGUUCUGCACCAGCAGAUGGAAUACUUCUCUAGCAAUCCAAAUGCAGAUACGAUAAACAGAGUGAAAGGGGAAAUAGCAGAGGUUCGGGCUGUCAUGGUGGAGAAUAUCGAUAAAGUGCUGGAGAGAGGUGAUCGCAUCGAACUGCUGGUGGACAAGACAUCCACCAUUCAAGACAAUACCUUCCGUUUCAAGAAGCAGUCACGCCAAUUGAAACAAGCCAUGUGGAUGAAGAAUGCCAAGCUCUUGGCAACUUUAACCUGUCUGAUCAUAGUCUUGCUAUACAUCAUCAUUUCGUUCUUUUGUGGUGGAAUUUUUCUUCGAGGCUGCCGAGGAUAAAAACGUUUAGUGGAACUGCAUUCCCAUCACCUUUGGACUUUCUCUUCGAUCUUUUCAGCAUCACAUGAAGAAACUCCCUGAGGAUACAUGAGUUAACAUCGGUUUCUUUUUGAUGACUCGGAAAUCGUUUGUUGUUGUUGGGUGAGUGCUUUUCAUUCAACUCCAAGGUUGUUUUGAUAAUAUGAGCACCGCAGAGUUCACGACCUUAACAAGUUUUGUAAACUCUAGCAAAGAAAGAUGUUCAGAGUUUGUGGUGGAUUAAUGACAUGCUAAGCAUUAGCAAUAUCCUUGAGUUCGGCUUUUGAAUUGGCGGGAUGGAUUUUCCACUGUAAGUGUAUAGGCUAGGUUGAUUUAGUUGUAUUGUGCUGACCAGCUUUUUGGGGGGUUUUAUCCAGUUCAUGUAUAGAACUGGGCUCCUUAGGUUGAUUGUAAGUUAUCUAUGGAGAUGACAUAAUGACCUAUUAAUUAGUUUAUCAAUGACCAUG